UUAAUACAACCAAUGAUGAUAAGGGAGCUUACUGUUGCUUGUACAUUUUUUUGCGCGACAAUUCAGUAUUGCUAUCAAUACAAGGGAACCAACAUCGCAAAAUGCGAACGGAAUUAUAUUUUUUCCUGUUUCUGGUGGCAGGAUGCAGAUGUGAGGCUGUUUUCGAUCGAAUCGGAGACGGUUAUUACUAUAUAGGCAAUGAGAAGACAGCGGGUCACUACUUUGAUUGGUUCGUCGCGCGGCGGGACUGCUGGGGAAGAAUGUCAAGCCUUUUAUCCGUGGAGACUGCAAAGGAACUCAGGAACCUAGAGCAGUAUAUCUUAUCACGUGGUCUUCCCGACGGAAGCACUUUCGCCACAUCGGGCAGCAGCUUCAAAAGCAAGAUACACUAUUCCUGGGAGGGGGUGGACGAGCCAUUGACCUUCACCCACUGGCUGCCCGGCUCUGAGGAAGAGUUUGACGGCACCGGAACCUUCCUCAGUUUGCAACUGGCCAACUCCUCGCUGUACAUGCGACCAUCCUACGGGCAAGACGACUACUAUAUCUGCGAGUACAAGUUGUCCCUGUGGCAAUCCUGGCUCUAUCUAGAAACGCAAUCCUGGAUUCAUUUACUCGUCUUGGGAAUCUUACUGUGGCUUUGUUAUUUCAUAUCUCUUUUCAGUUGGAAAGCGAAGAGAAAGUCAAGCCAACAUGCAGAGGACAAGUUGAAUCUCUUACCAGAAAUUAUAGAUGUUAAAGUGGUGAAAAAAUAAUUGUUAUAUUGGCCAUAGGCUGGUUACGCUUCUUGUUACGCUUUGUUUGACUAAUUUGUAAAUAUAUUCAACAUAACAAUACCUAUAUAAUCCAGGAAAAUUGGAUCCGAAAACAAUGUCCCCAAAUAAUGGACGGCAUUACCUGAAUUUUUUUUGUUUUGUCUUUUGGUAGACUUGCAAAUGUUAUAAUCAUGUGAUAUAUCACAUAUCUUUCAAUGACGUAUUCCUAUAUAUUAUUAUUUUAAUAUUCCAAAUUGAUUUAUAUAAGCUUUAUAAGAAGUCGAGAUACUAUUGUAGUAUGCAGGACAUACAAAUUUUACACAGUCUGUACUGAAUCAUUAAAAUGGCUCAAAAUAUAAGUAGUAAUUUUUUAUUGUGUACCAAGGGAGUGAGGCACUGUUGUGUCGCCAAAUGUGUGGUCUCAAGUUUCUUCUCAGAAAGUUUUAUUAUAUGUAGGGUCUAUAAAACUUGAAAACGUUAAACAUAGAGCUUCAGUCACCUGAGAGCCACUGUGGAAAAUGUCAGCAUUGGGAAAAUCUUUCGUAGGUCUUACAGGUAUAUUACUCCUGACGGCCGGUUACAUUUAUAUAUUCAAGAGCUGCUGGCAACCCUUAGCUCUCUGUUCAAAGCCCUUUGUGAGGAUUGGUGAUCGCUGCUAUUUCUUUUCAUCCAACAAGGAGCCCUCCUAUGAGUACUACAGAAUGGUCUAUAAGAAUCGAGCUUUCAGCGUUCCCGUUGUAAUGGAUUGGAUGCACGCGAACUUCGGAUGCGAGACGAUUGAUCCCCAAGCUCGACUGGUGACUGUUCGCAGUGCCCAGGAAAUGAGACUUAUUUCCGAUUAUAUGCGAUAUCGGGCCCACGUCCAAACACAUUCCAUAUUCUGGAGCGGCGGUCAUCGGGGAAGGCUUUCCGAUCCGAAGGACGUCGAUCACAAAACACUGAUCGAUUUCUAUUGGCACCAACACGCCUAUCCCAUGAACUUUACAAAUUUUGUGGCCACAAAGCAGCCCAAUCGGAGGUUCGAGAAUGGAUUUUGUGUCUAUCUAGAGUUCACGGGGGAAGAGCUGGUAAUGGGAGUGGAAAAAUGUGAUAGGAAAAUAGCAUUUGUAUGCGAACUAAACUGACUUAAUGAUUAUAAUUAAAUUUAUUUUUCAGCGUCAAUUUAAAAUAAAUUAUAGUAUAGUAUAGUGAGUUCAAGCUAGCGCAUGAUGUAAACAAAGUUCUUGUCAAAUCGAAAAUACAACUGAUACUGAUAGCUUUCUUUGUUUACAAUUUUCUUAUAAUAUGACUUAUAUAGUCAAGAUUACACACAAUAGAUAAGAACUUUAAUAUAAGUAGGGAAUCCAUAUAUCAUGCUUUUAAUACCUCUUACUCGUAGAGUAAGAGGGUAUACUAGACUCGACGGUAAUUAUGUAACAGGAUCCAAGCUAGCCAUGUCCGUCUGUCCGUGUGUGUGCAAUCCUAGGAACAGUCGCUUUGGCUUCCUUAUAUCUUAUAAACCUUAUAUCUUCCUCGUGCCCCUUAGCUGAAUAAGGAGUAUUUGAUAGGCGAUAUUGUUAUCUUUAAAUAUUUAUAUUUAAGUAUGGCUUCUGUUAUGCAAGCCAGUGUGGUUUUGAUAAAUUUUUAUCAAAGCGGAAAUGCAAAGAACACAAAGCAGAGGACCGUUUUAAAAAACGGCUAAAAGAUAUGCAAGAAUUUUGUAUUUGAAUUAAACUGCGAACUUCAGCUUUUUAAUACGACCCACAAGUGACUUUUCUUAAGAAAAAAUGCUUUAGCUGAUAAAAACGUAAAACGUUUAAAUACUGAUUAGUUAAACAACUGGUGCUGUUGUUGAUAACACCUAUACUCGAUGCACUUUUACGAUAAACCAAGUACUUAAUUUAUUAGGGCCCACAAGUGUUUAUUCUUAAGCAAAAAGGCUUUAGCUAAUAUUGUCCCUUGUAAAACGUGUAAAUACUGAUUAGUUAAACAUCUGGUGCCCAACCGGAUUCUCAAAGUAACCUUGUUGAUAACACCUAUUCUCUAUGCACUUUUGCGAUAAACCAAGUAGGUACUUAAUUUAAUAAUUCAACAUUUCCCCGCGUCUCUUUCCCCGUCGUCAUGAAAGUGUCUGCAGGUUUUGGCAUGUAAUACA